GUGUGUAGGCUGUGCACUGUUUUCUCCUACACACACAAGUCCAGGUUUACACAGUAUACUAUACAUUUUGAGAUGGUUCCUUGUUUUGCACCUAUAGGGGACGGGGGAGGAAGCUUGCAAAUGUUUUCAGUAAAUUGCAGUCAUAUUAGUCGGAUCAACUCUGAAUCAAGUUGAAUAUCAGUGCAACACACCCAAACUCCAGCAGCAAUUAAGUUCCACCCAGGUCUGCAGACGUACAGGAAACUGCUCGGGCGCGGACGUCAAGAGUAACUUUGGCAACUUUUCCCCAAGUUGGAAUAUUUUCACUUGUAGCUUGACGAGGGGUGGAUUGAAAGGAAUUGGUUUCCACUGCUUUUGGAAGCACUGCAUUCUCCAAACUAUCUAAGAUUCUGUGUUACUGCACCUAAUGUGUGCACAGUCAUUGUCAAUUAAGUGCCUGAGAAUUUGUAAGUCAGUAUGCUUUGGCGUCACAGUGAAUCAUUGCUAUUGUUGCUCUUGGCAAUACUUACAAACCGCAGCAGUCUAUUGCAACAGUCCAAGUGCACUUUCUCAAAUACCAUGGAUACCAUAAUUGACAUAAAAAUUGCCCUAACGAAAGGGCUGAAAAGUUUGGAACCUUUCCACACAGGCAGCUUGGAGGAGUGCCAUAAUAAGUGCUGUACUGACCCACCUUUCAUAGGAAAAAACAACCUAUGCAAUUUUAUGACAUUUGAUCCAAGAAAUAAUUCAUCCUUUCAAAAUUGCUACCUUUUCUACUGCCCAGACAAAGAUGCUUGCCCAUUGAUGUCUUCAGAAGGGUUCGUAAGCCACUUUAUACAAAGAGAUCUUGCGAGUAUGAAGGAGUUGGAUGAGCCUAUGAAAGAAAUACUUUCUGACAGAGAGGAACAAUUAUCAGAUCAUGGAAUUUCUGCUGAUUUGCUCAACAACCCGAUAUCUAAUCUUGCUUCUACCCCAAUAAACACUCAUCGGUUAACUAUAGUCUCUACUGUUCAAAAGGCUACAGUGCAGCCAGUAACUUUCUCAACCCAUCCAACAGUUUCCACUUUCUCAGUGGCUACCAAAAAGUUAACCAUAACAAGAUCUCCCAGAGUGUCAAUGGUAGCAACGUUGCUCCGAAACACUCACUCAUGGACGAUUGACAAAUCAAAGACAUCUACCAUUCUUCCAACUACCCAGUCAAUAACAGCCUCUGCUUUCCUAGCCAAUCUGCCAUUGACUUCUACACGGUUAACAAGAACAAAUCGCCUGACUCCACUCUUGAAUAAAAUCCAGCCAAUGUUAACCACCACUGUCCCACAAAUACGCCCAAACUCUACCACUCAGACAACUACCCUCCCAGUCACCACCACUCAGACAACUACCCUCCCAACCACUCACCUAAUCACCAUCACUCAGACAAGAACUACCCUCCCAACCACUCUCCCAGUCACUACCAUUCGGACAACCACCCUCUCAGCCAUCACCCUUCGGACAACUACCCUCCCAGUUACCACCCCUCAAAUAAGAACUACCCUCCCAACCACUCUCCCAGUCACCACCCUUCAGACGACAAGAAGCACACUCUUGACCAUGACCAUCCUUCCAAAGAGCCGUUUAACUACCCGUAAUGUCUCAGUAGCAAAACAGAUCCCAAAGAAGUCUGUACAAUCCCCCUUAUCAAAGGCUCCAGUUGUGAAAACGCCAUUCUUUGGGAUCAUAACCGUAGCAUCACAUAAUAGAAAUGACAGCAUACUGGACCAAAAGCAACAUUUGGAAAGACAGGACAAAUCGGCAGGACAAAUGGACAAUUCAAAAGUGAAAAUUCAGAGUGGACUGAUUGCUGCUUUAUUAUUUGGUUUGUUGUUUCUAAUUAUAGUAAUGUUUUUGCUAAGUAAACGAAUAUCAGAGUCCUAUAGUAGAAGGCAGUAUACCAGAAUUAAUUAUCUCAUAAAUGGAAUGUAUAUAGCCGCAUGAAGUAAAGUUGAUUCCAAGAAAUACCAGUUUCAUUAUGAAUAGACCUGGACUUUCUGGAAAAGCCCAGUAUAAUGAAAAGAUUUGUCCCUUUUAUGGAAGGGAUACAUAAAUAUUAUUUAUUUUCUCUUCUAGCUUUCCUUUAUUGGAUGUGGGGAAUAAUAUGCAAAUUACAUUUCUGAAUAAUUAAAAAAUUAAAUUAAAUAGUUCAUCGACUGGAUUACUUGCUCCCCUGCUGUCAGCCUUGGGGUAGGCAUGGCACACAACCAGCAGGAAGGCUGCCUGCAGCCAAUGUAAAACACAACUGCAAAGAGAAACAAUGAUCUUCUGUUAGGAAUUUGGUGGAAUCUAAAUAAAUUAAAGCCAAAUAAAUGAUAACUCCUAAUAUAUCAUUUAUUGACAAGUCCCAUCUUUUCAUUAAAAAUAAAAUUGAACAACUAGGCACAGCUCUUUUUAUUAGAAAGUCCUGGGUUAUUUGCUUCAAUUCAAUAGCAUGCAACAUGAUAACAAAGUGUGAAGCUGGAUGAACACAGCAGGCCAAACAGCAUCUCAGGAGCACAAAAGCUGACGCUUUAGGCCUAGACCCUUCAUCAGAGUUGCUAUCAUUGCAAUAAAUUUCAUCUUGUUUAAGACAAGUGCCUCUUCUGAUUAGACCACCAAAUGGUUUUCCACUACUCUGCUAGACCAAGCAAACUGUGACUCCCUAUCAAGAAAGUGCUGGUGGCAACAAAUGAACCAGAAAGCUUACAAUAGCGAACUACUGACCCUCAUUCUGAACUUCGAUUAUUUUUCUAAUGUAAAAACAGUGGUUCCUGGACACUACCAAGGUUUCAGAAUACAGGAAAAGAAGUGAAAAAGAAGUAAUGAUCAUGUGAUGUCAAACUUGAAAUGUAAUAUUUAAAUGUUUGCAAGAGGAAGGAAGGAUUAAGAUGCAAAGCAAGUUUCAUGUGGCAUGACAUUGUGGAGAAAAAUAAGUCAAAAAAUGGAAGACUAUUCUUAACUGCAAUACACCUAAGAUGUAUUAAUUAAAAGGAUGGUUGAAUCAGGUGAAGUUGCUGAUCUGCUUGCCUCCAUUUUAUGUCCCAUCCAAAGUGCAAGUUCAUUCCUGUUGAAUCCUGCUCUGUAAAAAAAAUUGUAAAUAUGAAAAAUGUACCAGAUCCUAUAAUUUAAAUUCUUAAUUUAUAGAAUGAUAAUCUGCGAUUAAAUUUUCCCAAAACGUGUUGAGAUAACAAUCUGGGAUAUUUAAUUGUGGUUGGGGAGACUGAGUAUACACUGAACAGCAUCCCACUUCAAUGGUGUAAAGGAAAUUAGUGCAUGAGCUACUUUGCCAUGAAGAAAGGUUUUUGUUUUUUGUUUCAAAUAUUAGGAACUUGUUUAAUGUACAUGGAAAAAAGAAUAGCAAGAUUUGUUAUGCCCUUGUCAAGAUUUUUAUGUUGCUGCCUGUAAUCAAUGGUCAUAUCAAAUGCUUAGUACUAGAUGUAGAAAUAGGAGAUGAGUUAGCUCCAUGGUCUCCGUGACUAAUGUGUCAUUCAGAAUAAUGUGAACAGCAUGGGUUGAUCUCUGUGCUAGUUGAGCUAUGCUUGGAACUUGCAUCUGAGAAUAAAAACCAAUAGCAAAUGACCACUGAAGGAAAUGGCUUAAGGUGAAAUAUCAGCAGACAAUGAGCCAAGGACCUUCUAUCAGCCAAAGCACAAAUAAAUGGACAAGUGAAAUUUAGAAAUAAGUGAAUGUACAAACUAAUUAAGAACUGGAACAAUGGUUUUUUCACUGUAAAGGCUUGUACUUUGAUCUAAAUCUUAUUGCAAUUGAAGUGUUAUGUUUUCUUGCGGAAGAAUCGAAUGAAGAACUAUAUAUACUGGAGUAAAAGUUGACUCACUAUUGUUGGCAAAAAAUCUUGAAUUUUCCAUAUAUCUCGUGUGAAGGUCAAUUCCAGUUCUUCACAGAUAACAGAUCCAGAUUUGUUGAGUCAAGGUAUUAUCCUGUACAUAAAUGUUGACGAAGAAUGAUCGGUGAGACUGUAUGAGAGUUAAAUGUCCAAUAACUCUUUAUAAUAGGAAAUAAAAACUUCAAAUGUUAGUUUGAAACACUAAAACAACAGCAGAUUGGAGAAAAUGGAGGAAAAUGGAUGAAUUUGGUAUGUAAAUUUAAGAUGCAUCAGGUCAGAAUGCAGUAUUCAUAGAGUACAGUUAUAUACCUAGUUGAAGUUUUGAAAUUUCUUCAUCAUUUUGUGUAAAAGUGCCCUCCAGAGGAAAAAAAACAAAAAAUAUACAGCAGCACUUAAAUUGAAAGUUAUUUCAAGUUGCAGAGUAGACAAAUAACUGUAGCAGCAACAGAAUUUUGUGUUUCCGAGAAACGUGACAGACUAGAGAAAUGUAUGAAGCAAACUUCAAACAAUGGCAAAACAGGAAUGUGGCAGCAGAGGUAAACCUUGCAAUUGGAGAAAAAAGUUGCUGAGUGGGUACUUGAAAAUUGUCAAAAUAAUAAAAAUGUUAGUCAUGAAGCCGUCCGAAUCCAUGCAUGAAACAAAUCAAAGAAGGAUGGCAUAUUGGAUUUUAAGGCAAGUGCUGAAUGGUGCACAAGGUUCAUGCGAAGGCGUGACUUAGUACUUUGGCAGAGAACUAACACUGCACAAAAGCUGAACUAGGAGAUAUUACAGUUUCACCAGUCUGUAAUCAGACAUGGGCAGAAGGAAGGCGACAACUUAUCAUGCUUGGAAACAUGGACAAAAUGCCUAUUACUUUAUUCGAUGAUGAAGAUGUUGAACAAUGUGUUUUUGCAGGAUUUUAAUGAACUUUUGUAUUUGACGUGUUUAACUUAAGAAGGACUAUGGAAUUGUAAUUUAAAACCAUGGUAUGU